AGAGAAUAGAGAAGUACAAGAUUUAGACACAUCAGACCAACUACUACUCAGUCAGUUAGAAAGGUAAUCAUACAGUAAGUCAAUACUGUAAGUAAAAGUAAGUUUGAAUCAUAAAUAUUACAAUAAGAGAUCAGACAGACUGAAUUUCUUGAUUAAUUCAUUGAUUGGGGUAAUCAUUGAUAUUUGGUGCUGUUAGUUAAGAUGGCCGAGUACGUCAACAAACAGGUGAUUGAAUUCAACAAAGUUACUGAAGAAACCCGGAACAGAGCAACGAGGAGUGUAAAGACUGAAACCCAUCUCUCAGAUGGAAGACUCUACAGGCUGGCUGCUGUGUGUUUUGGAGUGCUGUGUGUUCUACAAGUCACUCUCAACAUCUCCCUGAGACUGGCUUUCUGUACUGGAAGAGGGGUGGAAGGGAGGGGCAUGGCAGUCCCAACGUUGACAACUGUGUUAAAGUGUCCUAAAGGAUGGAGGAUGUUGGGAUCCAGCUGUUACUUCCUGUCUACUGAGAGGAAAACCUGGGAGGAGAGCAGACAGUACUGUCUGAACAGAGGAGCAGACCUGGUGAUCAUAAACAGCAGACAGGAACAGUUUCUCUUCAACCGCAACAACGGUUUCUGGAUUGGUCUGACUGACACUGUUACUGAGGGGACCUGGAAAUGGGUGGACGGCAACCCACUGACCACCCCAAGGUCCUGGGGGAUUGGACAGCCUAAUGGCGGUGGAAUGGAGAACUGUGUGUUGUUAAUUCACAGUUCAUCAGACCAAGGAACAUGGCAUGACUAUCCUUGUUCAUCUAACCGUCCCUGGAUCUGUGAGAUAGUUCUCUCUCACUUUUAGUUAUGAUGUUGAUUGUCAUGCUGAAAGUCAUGAUACCAGCUACAGUGCCUUCAGAAAGUAUUCACAGCCUAGACUUUUUCCACAUUUUGUUGCCUACAUGCUGAAUUUUUAAAUGGAUUUCAUUGAGAUUUUAUUGUCACUGUCCUACACACAAUAACUCAUAAUGUCAAAGUGGAAAUAUGUUUUUCAAUUUUUUUUACAAAUUAAUAAAAGAUUUAAAUCUGAAA